AUGUCUUCCAAAUUUAAUGAUUUCGAGCCCCUGAAACAGUCCGCUACAUCUCCACAGCGCUCACGCCACCAGUUAAGGCGAUCCAUCACCGAGCUGUCGUCACCCGUCAAGCUGCCCCGACAUCAUCACCUCCACCAUCACCACCACCGGAAAGGUCGCGAUCGAGAUGAUCACGUUUCGGUAUCCGCAGGCCCAAUGUCGCAUCUACCGCGCGGCUCGCUCGACCUCCUGCCACGAUCCGAAGGUACUACGCCCGGGGUCAUGACCGACACCGGCAGCCGACCAGACUUCCUGCAGUUGGAAGCCGAAAAUGCCGAUGGUGCUCCAGCGUCUUCGCUGAGCAAAGACGAGCAAAUACAGAAAGAAAGAAGAAAGGCAGCAUCAGCCACAACAGGGUUGAGGAAAUCACUCGUCGACUUGAGUACCUUUUCGAACGCGACGAUGAGACGCCUGGAUGAUACAUACUACUCGGUCUUGGAAAAGCUCAGCCUGCUGCAGAACACAAUAGUCGCAAUGAAGGAGGUUGCUGGCAUGGCCGACGAGGUGAACGAUGAGUUCAAAACGGAAUCCCAGGGGCUGGUUAGCGAUAUUGAAACGCAACUCGAAUCGUUCGGCCAACUGGACGAUCAGCAACAACGCAUCAAAGAGUUGCAGGGCCGUAUACAUACCGGCCGCGACAAAGUACUGGCUCUGAGCAAGCGAGUGGACGUUGUCCGUGAAAGAGUUGAGGAUUGGGAAAGAGCCGAUAGGGAGUGGCAGGAGAGGACUAGGAAACGCCUCAAAGUCCUGUGGACCAUCAUGCUGUCGGUGGCGUUUGCCAUGAUGCUCCUCUACGUCGGGGCUCAGUAUGCGCCGGCGGCUAUGGAUGUAUCUAUCAUCACCGAGUUGGCGUCCGGUGCCAAGAAUGAAAGACCGUCAAUGGGCGAGUUGACUGGGAACUCAAGCAAGAGUGCAGCCGCUAUGACCGAUGAAGUGAGAGAAGCGCUCAGUCGAAGGAGAGAUAAUAGCCUGGCUAAGGACGAGGCGCUGCGAGCCCUUGACGAGUUAUAA